AUGUUACUACAGGAGCCAGUACAGGCUGCUGUCUGGGACGCCCUCAGCAAUUACUCCUAUGGGAAUGCCAUAUUUCUGGCUGAGAGAUUAUACGCUGAAAUUGCCAACAGUGACUCGCUGUACCUGCUGGCCACUUGCUACUACAGAUCCGGCAGUGUUUACCAGGCCUACAUGUUGCUGUGUAAGAGCUGCUGCCAGAGCCCACAGUGCAAGUAUCUGCUGGCCAAGUGUUGUGUGGACAUGAACAAAUAUGCAGAAGCGGAGAGGAUCCUGGCUGGGACAGUUUUAGCAAAGGUGAAAUCCCAUGAAGAUUUGGAGGCAGAAUUUGGCAGUCUGGCCUGUUACGUGUUCUCGUUGCUGGGAUAUGUUUACAGUAAAACAGAAAGGAUAUCUAAAGCUGUAUUGUGUUACCGAAGGUCCCUGAAGUUGAACCCCCUCUUGUGGAAGUCAUUUGAAAUGCUGUGUUCCAUGGGUGAAAAUGUCAAACCUGAGUCAGUGUUUCAGAUUCCCACAAAUACUUCAACCAUCAAUGCAACAGUGGCUCCACCUAGUGAUUGUGAUGCCUUAGGGGAACAGCUGACAGAGACGGUCGUCAAGUCUUUUCCUAGUGAACAUCUGCUGUCCCCUCGGAACAUCUGCUCCAACCAGACCCCAGAAAACAACCAGAAUCAGCCAGGCUAUGACAUCAGCAAAGCUCCCAGACCCAACAAACAGAAGUUGACCACAACUCCAGACCCGACUUUGAUUCGCAAGAGUUCCCUUCCUGUGAAGUUAUUUUUAAACCAGGGACAGAUUUCUCCUAGUUUUGGACUGUUGCCCCUGGAGAACCCAAUGAUCAUCUCUGGAAGUGCCACACCUUCUUUCAUCUCUCCCCUGCCAACAGAGUCCCAGGCUUUAGAGGUUCAGGCACCCAUGAAAGCCCGGCCAGCAACCAGACGGACACAGAUGGGCAAGUCUCCAGUGCUCAACUGGUCCAACGCCUUGAAAAAGAUGAAAGAUCAGGAACCAGCAAAUGCACCGAUACGGAGAAGCUCCAGACUUUUUACCAACUCUAAUUCCAACUCCAGUGCAGUCAAGGAAAACAAUAAAGGACAGAGUCCUGGAACGUUGACAGGAAGCAAAGGUCUCAACAAGCGCUCCAAGCGGACUACCAAAUCUCAGCAAGAACUCAAUGAGAUCAACAAAGGUGAGCUGACUGUGGACACUAAGUGUGCGUCUGCCAACUCUGACACUGUGGAACAGAUUGUCCAGAUGCAGCAACAGUCGCUUGCUGGAAUCCUGCAUUUGCUGAGGAACGUGGGAACUGCCUACAGUGCUCUGUCUCGCUACGAUUGUAAGCAGGCCAUUGACCUCUUCUCCGAGUUGCCAGACCACCAGUACACCACAGGUUGGGUUCUCUGCCAGGUUGGACGAGCCUAUUAUGAACUCACAGAAUAUCAAAAGGCAGCCAGAGUAUUUGAGGAGGUGAGGAGACUGGAGCCCUACCACAUCGAAGGCCUGGACUUCUACAGUUCUGUGUUGUGGCACCUGCACAAAGAAGUGGAGCUGUCUCUGCUGGCCCAAGAGCUCACAGCCUUGGACAAGACAGCUCCCCAAGCCUGGUUUGCUACAGGCAACUGUUUCAGCCUGCAGAAGGAGCAUGACGUUGCCAUCAAGUUCUUCCAGAGAGCCAUCCAGGUGGAUCCCAACUUUGUCUAUGCCUACAGUCUGUUGGCCCUGGAGUACAUCUACCUGGAAGAGUUUGACAAGGCCAUGACCUGUUUCAGGAAUGCCAUACGCCUGGACCCCAGACACUAUCAGGCAUGGUACGGUGUGGGCAUCAUCUAUUACAAGCAAGAGAAGUUCAGUCUGGCAGAAGUUCACUAUAGGAAAGCAUUGUCUAUCAACCCACAGAGCUCGGUGCUCAUGUGUCACGUGGGAGUGGCCCAGCAUGCUCAGCAGAAAACAGAUUUAGCCUUGAGUACACUCAACAUGGCCAUCAGAGCUGACCCCAAGAACCCACUGUGUGUCUUCCACAGAGCCUCCAUCUUGUUCGCCAACGACAGACAUCAAGAAGCUCUGGAGGAACUAGAAACAUUGAAGCAAAUUAUUCCCCGAGAAUCUCUGGUCUAUUUCCUAAUGGGCAAGGUUCACAAAAAGUUGGGCAAUACACAUCUGGCCAUGAUGAAUUUCUCCUGGGCUAUGGACCUUGACCCCAAGGGUUUGAACAACCAGAUCAAAGAGGCGGUGGACAAGCGUUACGUGACAGAGGAUGAUGACCCUCUGGCUAGGCUGGAGCAAGGCUCAG